CAAUCAGAAAAUCAGUGGCAAAUGGGCAAAGAUCACAUGCAUAAUAGUAGUUUCCGACGGGGAAAGAUUCCUCCUGUCUCCCAACUAGUCUGUAUAUAACAAGCGCCGUGCCUCCUUCAUCUUCAAGGUUCAAAAACCAAAACUUUCUUCUCGCCGAUACGCAAAGAAUGAAGAGAGAAAUGGAAACUUGUUCCUCAAACUCUUUCAGCCACAGAUCUAUCAGCUUGCCCACAAAAACCAACCCAAUCUUGCACCGAGUGGAAGAAUGUCUUGCGGUCGCUAAGGGUUGGCAAGCCCAGCCACAUAGCUUGACAAGCAAUGGCCUUGCCCACCUCAAGGAUCUCUUUUUCUGCACUGGCAACUUCCUGCAAAUGGCUUAUAGUCAGCAAGCUCUCCGCAGGAAGGAGAAGUUUGUCAACCAAUUGAUGGAUGACUUCCUGAGACUGUUGGACGUGUGUGGGAUGGUGAAAGAUUCAGUGCAGCAGAUGCGAGAGCAGCAGGAAGCACUUCAGUCAAUGUUCCGUAGAAGGGAUCAAAAUCUACAUGUUGGUAUCAGCCGAUAUCAGUCCACGAGGAAGAGAAUGAGAAAAGAGAUGAUCAAAUGCCAGCAAAUGAUGAAAACCAUGGAAGUUCUUGCAUUUCCCUCUGAUGAUUGUAAGGUCGAGGCCAUUCUAAGAGACGUGAAAACCAAUACAGUGUAUGUGUUUGAGCUUCUGGCAUCGAUCAUCUCCGCACGCAACCCCUCCUGGUCUGUCUUCUCAAGAUUGUUGAGUUCAAAGAGACAAAAUAGCCCCGACGAAGAGAACAUCAAUGAAAUAGAGAGGCUGGAUGCGGCUCUGUUUGCUGCGUGUGGCCAAUUGAACAAGGAAUUGGCAGAAGAUAGUGUUCAAUCUGCGCAGAGGCUAAUGGAAAAUUUGGAUCGGUGCUUGAGGGGGGUUGAAGAUGAGUUGGAAGGCGUGUUUAGGUGCUUGAUCAAUGCAAGAGUCACCCUUCUCAACAUCUUAACAUGCAGUUAAGAUGACCGUUUCAUUCUCCAGAGCUUCACCUUAGCAUCCGAACUUUAAUAGAUGUAAAUUUUGUUCAUGUGUAAAUUUUUUGUGUAUAGUAACGAUUUAUCUUUCUCCAAAAUUUCUGCUUGUGAUU